UUCAGUCAUUGUGUAAUGGAGAGAAACCCGGGGGUCGGAUCCGCACAGAAAAGCACCGAGAAAAUACCAAAACGCUUAAACAGUUACCAACAGAGCCGGUUUAUUUCCUAUCUUUAGAAUCAGUGAGAGCCUAAUUGCUGGUAAUUUUAGAGGCCUUUAGAGACAGACAAAAGGGAGAGAGCGAGCGAGAGAAAAUGUCUCUCGAAAGCCUCAGCCUCACCUCCUCCAACAAGCAGUCCCCCCAAAACGAGCACAACAUCAACCUCACUGAGUCAGGAGACGAAAGGGAAGAAGGAGAACUGGAGGAAGGAGAAUUACAAGAUGAUGGUGAGGAAGUGGAGGUUCAGGAGGAAUCCCAAGAGAAAAUCAAGAAAGACAAAUCGGAAAAACAGGAUUGGGAUCAUGAAGAUGAGGAGAAAGAUAAGGACAAAGCCCAUAGGAGGAUGAAGAGAAAGAGGAAGAAAGAAAGAGAAAAAGAAAAGAAGAGAUCAAAAAAGAAACGAAAGUCAAAGCACAAGCGACAUGUGUCUUCCAGUGAUGAUUAUUCAGAUUAUAGUGAUGAGUCUGACUACAGUCCUGGAGAGAAGGGAUACCGGAAAUAUCGAGAAUACAGUCCACCAUAUUUGCAGCCACCUUAUCCCCCAUCUUCAGGGACUCCUAUGUCAAAGAAGACGUAUAUGAAACCAGAAAAGAUGAACUACAAUAUGUAUGAGGAGUAUGAAGAUGAUCAAUAUAUUGAUUAUGAGGGGGUAGAGGAGGAGGAAGUACCAGAUGAGGAAGAAGAAGAAUAUGAUGAUUUUGCCAAAGAAUUAAGCCAGUAUAGGAAAGCAAAAGAGGCUUCUCAGCAACAACAACAACACCAACAGCAGCAGCAGCAGCAACAACAACACCAACACCAGCAGCAAAACCCAUGUGCCUAUGGGACACCGGGGACGUGGAACAUCAGGGUUGUUGAGGGUCCUGGUAGAGGUGGUGGUAGAGGUCGUGGUAUCCGAGGCAGAGGAGGCCGAGGAAGGGCCAGGGGACGGGGUGGAAGAGGAGGCAGAGGGGGAGCUCAUGGCCAAAUGCACGGUCAGAGCCAUGGGGCAGGGCAUGGACCUCCAGAACAUGGACCUUCAGAGCAUGGACCUGGGUCUGCACAUGGGCCACCAGGGCACGGAGCAGGACCAGGACAUGGGCCCCCGGGCCAUGGACAUGGACAACCAGGCCAUGGACCCCCAGGCCACGGACCCCCUUCAGGUCAUGGGCCCCCUCCAGGCCAUGGAUCUGGGCCAGGUCACGGCCCCUCUCCAGGUCAUAGUUCUGGGCCAGGGCAAGGGCCUCCAGGUCAUGGUCAGGGGUCAGGACAUGGACCUGGUCCAGGUCAUGGGCCACCAGGCCAUGGGCCUGGACCAGGAUAUGGCCCUCCUUGUCAUGGACCUGGGCCAUUACACGGACCACCAGGCCAUGGAAUACCAGGACACAUGAUGGACCCUGCCGAUGAUUGUGACCAUGACCUUUACGAUGAAGAUAUGCCGAAUCUUGAUGAUGGAAUGCGUAUGCGGAACACGCAUGAUCAUGGGCAUCAGCCAAGUGGAGAGAAGAAAGGAAAAGUACUUUGCAAGUUCUUUGUGGAGGGUAGAUGUUCAAAGGGGGAUCAGUGCAAUUUCAGUCAUGAUUUGGGACCACCAAGAAAGCGAGAGCUCUGCAGAUUUUACUACAAUGGAUUUUGCGCUAAAGCAGAAAAUUGUUUGUACAUGCACAAUGAAUUUCCUUGUAAGUUCUUUCAUACGACAGGCAAUUGUUACCAGGGAGAUGAUUGCAAGUUUUCCCAUAGGCUUCUAACUGAUGAAACCAGGGAGCUGCUGGAUAAGAUGUUAGCCAGUGAGGCAGAAGCUGGUGCAGAAGACGAAAAGGAAGUGGAAGAACUAAAGAAACAAGGAAUCACGCCCUUACCGAAACCCCCACCCGGAGUUGGGUUGUUACCGACACCACCUCGACCUCCCAUGCCACCUCCUUCAAAUAUUCCCAAUGCUCCUCGACCUCCGAUGAUGGGACCACUGCCCCCAGGCCCUCCGCCACCUGGUCCCCCACCUCCAGGCCCCCCACCUCCUGGACCUCCAUGUUUACCAGGUCAAAAGAAGAUCCCCUCACUCUUUGAGAUUGUUGUUCAGCCCACUCCACACCUCGCUCAUAAAAUGGGAAUGAAUAGGCCACGGUUCCCGCCACCACCUCCUAGGUUCUCAGGACCUCCGGGACCUCCUGGGCCACCAGGGCCUCCCAUAGGUCCAGGACCUGUGCCUGGUAUGGGACCAGGACCAGGUCCCAUGCCAGGCCCUAUGCCUGGACCCAUGCCAGGCCCUGGCCCAGAAGAGAUCCCAGGAGGGCCUGGAAUGAAUCCAGGACCACAAGUAGGACCAGGCCCUCCAGUACCACCAUUCAUGCAAGGAGAUCCAGGAAUGAUGCCACCUAUUCCUUCUGCACCCAAUUUCUAUGACAACUACUAUCAACAGCAGGGAAUGUCGAUGGAUCCUGGUCCAGAUGGAGAAGAAGGGGAUAAUGAAGAGGUGGAGGAAGGAGAUGACCAGCAGGUUUUGCUGCAACAGAUUGAUGAACUGGAGGCUGAGGAGAAGGAAGGCGCCUCGUCUGGUCAAAGGACAACUGCAAACAUCCCUGACUUCCUACCUGCAGCCCAACGGGCACUAUUCCUGCGCAUUCAGCAAAAGCAACAGGAGGAGGAGGAGAAGGCAAAGAGGAGAGCAGACAGCAGUCAGCGAGAAAAGGAAAAUGAGGAGGGUGAUGGCGAUAACUGGGAUUCGAGUGAUGAAGAGGAAGGUGGAAGUAGUAUGAGCUACAUAUUAAAAAACACUCCGUCAGCAAUCUGCAAGGAAGCCUCAAGGCACAAGGCUCAUGGAUGUCACAUAACAAGACUGCAGAAGGAGAGGCCUGUCAAUGCAAAUCGACCCGUAGACCCACGGAUUUCAAGGGACCCCAGGCUGUCUCGAAGCACAGAGAUCACAUUGGGAAGUUCUGGGUCAGAUACAGCUGCUGCAGAAAGCAGAACUAUUACUGCACCUAAGAUGGAUGCUGCCCUUCAAACUCUCCCCAGCAGUACAAAAUCUCAGACGGUUAUUAAUGAGGAGGAGGAGGAGAGGAUUCUGAGGGAAAAGACAGUGGUCAUUCCUCUUGAUCCACUGCCAGGUUCUUCACUCCGAGAUCCAGAUCUCAGCUUAAAAAUUAGCCACAUUAAAAUGGACAUCUCUCUUGGAAAGCCUCAUUUUGCUAAAAGUGUCUUGUGGAGCCCAGAGGAUUUGAUCCCACUACCCAUCCCAAAGCCAGAUCCAGUUGCCAUCUCUGUGCCCUUCCCAGCAUUGGACCCCCGAUUGAACCGUAGUCCGCAAGCAGGGCCUUCAGAUCCCCGGCAGCGCAAUACUGACCCAAGCAGCAGUGGAGCCCUCGCAGCCAGCACCAACUUCGCCCUGCCAGAUUUGGGUUUGCUAUCUAGAAUACUGAAGAGCGUUGAUGUUUCAGCAACCAAGGUGACUGGGCAGAAUGACAAGCCUUCUGAUCCCAGGAUGCGAAAGGUUCCUGCUGAUCCUAGCUGCAGAGGUCCAGUGGUGGACUCCAAACCUCCAACUCCCAAUCAGGAAAAGCCCCCAAGCAUAUUGAAAUCCCCAGCUGGACCUGCUUUGAAGGAUCUGGGUGGUGGUCUGGCACCAUAUGAUCCCAGGUUGGUUACUGCUGGUGGGCAGAACAGAGAGGAGGAGGGUGGAGGACAGAGCACCAUGCUGAGUGGCAUCAGUUUGUAUGAUCCAAGAACUCCAAGCAACCAGAGUGGAAAUGUUAGAAGUACCGAGCCUUCCAGUGAAGGGUAACAGUCAGCUUAAAGGGUUGGAUGUCCCAAAAGGUGUAAUCAGACAAAAAGAACCCUUGUUUGUCAGGAAAUCAGCAUUGGAUCACUGAAAAUGGAGAAAUCAAGUUCAGA